GUCCAAAGAUCAGCCACUGCCCAGUCCUCGAGGGGAGGGGGCAGCGAGCCGCUGACCAAGCUCAGGCCUCACGCAGACCACCAGAUUCAAGGGCAUGGCUCUCGACCGGGUCCCGAGGAGGGUAGGAGUGGUGGGCUACGGCCGCCUUGGACAGUCCCUUGUUUCUCACCUGCUGACUCAGGGACCAGAACUGGGCCUAGAACUUGUUUUUGUCUGGAACCGUGACCCAGGGCGAAUGGCAGGGAGUGUGCCCCUUUCCCUGCAGCUCCAGAACCUCGCUGCUCUUGGGGAGAGGCACCCUGACCUUGUGGUGGAAGUGGCCCAUCCAAAAAUAAUUCAGGAAUCUGGAGCACAAAUCCUGCGCUGUGCCAGUCUCCUGGUGGGAUCCCCCUCAGCCCUGGCUGACCAGGCCACAGAGCAGCAGCUCCUGGAGGCCUCGCACCGCUGGAACCACGCUGUGUUUGUGGCCCGGGGGGCCCUGUGGGGCACUGAAGACAUCACCAGAUUGGACGCAGCUGGGGGCCUCCAGAGUCUUCGCGUCACCAUGGCCACGCACCCCGACGGCUUCCGGCUAGAGGGACCGCUGGCUGCAGUACCCAGCACUGGGCGUCGCACUGUGCUCUAUGAAGGCCCCAUCCGCGGACUCUGCCCCUUUGCCCCCCGCAACUCCAACACCAUGGCAGCUGCCGCACUGGCUGCCCCCAGCCUGGGCUUUGAUGGCGUGGUUGGGGUGCUUGUGGCAGAUCUCAGCCUCACAGACAUGCACGUGGUGGACGUGGAGCUGAGUGGACCCCCAGGCCCCACAGGGCGAAGGUUUGCUGUGCACACCCACAGGGAGAAUCCUGCUGAGCCCGGCGCUGUCACGGGCUCUGCCACUGUUACCACCUUCUGGCGCAGCCUCCUGGGUGCGGCCCCUCCCCCCAAGCCCUGGGCCCCAUGCUCUGCGGAGCUUGGGUCUCGGGCUCUGUCUGGCUCUGCAGUUCUGUUUCUGUCUCAGUUGACUGAUCUUUAUUUCUGUGUCUCCUUCACCUUCUACUCCACGUUUCUGAAUCUUGAUAGAUCUCUGUCCAAGGCUCCUUUCCCUGAGUUUCUGUAUUCUCCUCUCGCUGGGAGCCUAUAACCUCUCUCACUGUCUCGGUCCCCCUCUGGGUCUCAGUCCUUCUCUGUCUUCGUCCACCCCCACCGUGGUCUGUCCCUCCCAUCAGGCGUCUGUCUCUCAUCUCUCGGACCCAGCGUUUCACUCCCUAUAUCUCCC